AUAAAGCUAUUUAUAUAGAUAUCCAAGUAUUUCAUCCACUUAGCAAUGGAACAAAAGGAUAUCUCUGACUCAAACGAGUCUUUGGUUGUGUGUGAGCAACCAGUUAAACAUAUAAUUCGUUACUCAAAAGAAGAUCUUCUUGCUCUCCAUGACAGUCCACUCGUAACCAAGCCAGAAAACAUGCCAGCCCUCGCGUCCUGGCUUGGUGACUUUGCUAAUGCAUCUGCACCUAAGAACAUCCUAAACGGUACAAGUCCAGCACGUUCAUCAGACAAGAGUAUUGUGCUUGGACCAACAAAAACCAACUUUGCGUCAUCACUCUAUGGGGGCCUCAAGCGCACCGAUGAGAGCCCGAACACACAGUCGAAAGCAUUGACAUCCCAAUCACCGUCUGCAUCUCGUCACCGACAAGUAAUUGACAUGCUGGUGCUGCCUUGCGGGAGCAGCCGCUGAAAAAAUGAUGUGAUUCGCCUCUGCCAUGUAGAAUGACGAACCAAGGACACGAGAAACGAACAAGGACCAUCGGACACGUGGAGCUUUUGUCAACGAAAAGGGGUUCCACCAACGAUCCGACAAGAACGAACGACGACCAGGCCACUACGCAACAUCUCCGUCCAAUAACAACCGACGCCAGCAAGACCGCUAUGGGGGAGACCGUCUUACGAACGAUAAAACAAGGCGCGAAUACACACGUGAUCAGAGCCGCCAGCGACACACUCCAGCUCAAGAAGUGGUCUCGGAAAGGGUGCCAG